AUGCAGGCCAGUUCAGAACAGUUAAAUGUAGAUGAUGAAUUGUUAUGUGUUCCGAGGUAUGAUGACAUUGACACUCCUUACUUCCGAGGAGGAAAUGGAAAACUUAAAAUGAUUGCUAGAUUGAGAGACAAUCAAUCAUGUCAACCGAAUGCACUGGUAAGGAAGAGUUCAUGGCCAGAGCUGGUUGGGGAACAAGGGGAAGUUGCAGUAGAAACAAUUGAGAGGGAGAAUCCCACAGUUACUGCUGUGAUUGUGCCGGAAGGAUCGUUUGUUACCACAGACUAUGUCUGCACUAGGGUUCGUGUUUGGGUCGACGAAAAUGGCACUGUGACAAGAAAACCUACAAUUGGUUAGGACUACUUCGAGUAGAUUAUAUAUACCU